AAAACGUCACCGUAUCAUGAUCUGGUUCAAUUGCUUCCUCUUCUCCUUUCAGUUUUUGUAAGAGUGCAGAAAAUUACCAGUGAGGUUCGCAGCAGAAAGUUGAGCUAAACUUUCCCACCAACCAAACAUUGAUUGCAAUACAUGGCUCCUCCCAAGAAAUCUAAAUCAAAGAAAGCGAAAAAGAAUUCCAAGAAAUUGAAGAAGAACAAAAGCCCAAGUGUGGUUCCAACUGAACCCAAAUCUACUGACUCUGAUUGGUGGGACAGUUUCUGGGCCAAGAACUCUUCUACCCCAGGUGUAACAAUACCUUCCGAUGAGGAGGAAGCAUUCAAGUAUUUUUUCAGGGUCUCCAAGAAGACCUUUGAUUAUAUAUGUUCCCUUGUGAGAGAAGAUCUCGUGUCAAGGCCACCAUCUGGACUAAUCAACAUUGAGGGGAGACUUCUUAGUGUUGAGAAACAGGUUGCCAUUGCUCUAAGACGGUUAGCAUCUGGUGAGUCCCAAGUCUCAGUUGGAGCUUCUUUUGGGGUUGGUCAGUCUACAGUUUCACAGGUUACUUGGAGAUUCAUUGAAGCAUUAGAAGAACGAGCGAAGCACCAUCUUAAGUGGCCUGAUUCUAAUAGACUGGAGAAAAUCAAGUGCAAAUUGGAAGCUUCAUUUGGCUUGCCAAACUGCUGUGGAGCCAUUGAUGCAACACACAUUAUUAUGACACUUCCAGCUGUGCAAACCUCAGAUGAUUGGCGUGACCAAGAAAAUAAUUAUAGCAUGCUUGUGCAGGGGAUUGUUGACCAUGAGAUGAGAUUUAUUGAUAUUGUGACCGGCUGGCCUGGAGGCAUGAGUGUGUCUAGGCUAUUGAAGUGUUCUGGAUUUUUUAAACUCUGUGAGGCUGGCCAGCGAUUGAAUGGAAAUGUGAGAGCUUUAUCUGAAGGUGUGGAGUUAAGAGAAUAUAUAGUUGGUGGUGCUGCAUACCCUCUCCUUCCAUGGCUUAUAAAUCCAUAUGAAAAUAAUAGGCUAUCAGCUUCCAUGUCUACUUUCAAUUCUGUGCAUGAAGCUACAAGGCUGCUUGCUGUGAAGGCAUUCUUGCAGUUAAAGGGUGGUUGGAGAAUUCUUAACAAGGUCAUGUGGAGACCUGACAAGCGGAAACUACCAAGUAUCAUCUUGGUAUGUUGUUUACUCCACAAUAUCAUAAUUGAUAAUGGAGAUCAGUUGCAUCCUGAUGUAACUUUGUCAGGUUAUCAUGACUCAAGUUAUGGAGAGCAAUAUUGUAAGCAGGUUGAUUCACUGGGGAUAACCAUGAGGGAAAACAUAGACAAACACUUGCAGCAUAACAAAAACAAAGCUCCAACAAAGUAGUCCGUUCAUUUUAUAUCCCAGAGCCAGUACUGCUUCUUAUGUCAACCCGCUACUUACCAAUUUGAAUAUACGCUCUCCUUUAUUAUAACAUGUACAUUGCUGAGAACAAACAAAAUUUGUAUCUGUAGUUGUGUGUUGAGAUAGCCAUUUGUUUUAACAAAUAUUGGUUGGGUCUCUGCGCUGCUGUCAAUUUAUGUGUUUUUCCCUUAAUUUUUGAUAUCAACUUUGCACGUACUGUUGAAACAAACAA